AUGGUUGCAAUAAGAAUUGCAAGAGCUCAUCGAGUUACAAUGAAACGGUCGUUUGAUAAAAUUGAAUCCUUUGGUAGCCAUAUAAAUAGUAGAUCUUAUGUUGAUGGGCGUAAUUCUCCACAUAGAGAUAGAAAUGUGAAAGAGGUUAGUUCUGUGGUGGUUAGGAACUUGCCUGCUAGGUUGAAAACCGGUAUCAAUUUUUAUAAGAAGUCAUUAUCAUCAUUAUUGAAUAGUAAUGCUUCAAGUUCUGAUGUGAAUUGGGCAGAUAGUAUUGAAUAUUACCAAGGUAUUAAAAACAUUGUGUAUGUACCUAAUGAAAGAGAUAUUCAGCAAGUGAAAGAAUACAUUAAUGAGAUUUCGAAGAAAUACGCUGCAAGCAACAAAGAUAGCAGUCAAGCUUUAUAUUCAAAAUUGAAUGCACUAUCUGAAAAAUAUAUUAAUGAAAAUCCUAAUUUGGAUGCUGGAUAUUUUAGUAUUGUACCAGGGUCUUCUUCUGCCUCUAUAGAUAAUGCUGUUAAGAAAGAGUUUGAUUUUAAAGUUAAAGAUAUUAAAAAUUCUCAUUUUCCAACUAUAUUCUGUCCACCAAAGAGUACCAAUUUUGAAUAUAUUAGUAACAGUUUACAAUUGGUUAAUGAAAAGAAGACGAUAUUGUUUUCCAUUGAUAUUGAGGCUUAUGAAUUUGAUUCUAAUGUCAUUACAGAGAUUGGUAUUACGAUUUAUGAUCCAAGGGAAAACUAUCAACAACCAACAAUAUUCCCAGUAUUCCAGAAGUAUCAUAUAAUCAUUGAAGAAUCUCUGUUCUUAAAAAAUAAGAAGUUUGUUUGUGACUUCAAAGAUUGUUAUUUGCAUGGUGAAAGUUAUGUCUUAAAGUUAGUGGAAGCUAAAAACUUCAUUCAGAAUUUAAUCAACUUUUAUUUGAAGUCGUCAAACGAAGCGGAUAGAACCUGGGAAAGAGCUCUUGUUGGCCAUAAUGUGAAAGGAGAUUUGAAUUGGUUGAAGAAUAUUGGAAUUAAGUUGCCUGAACUUGAUUUUACACUGACAGAGAAAGACAACAGCGAUGCAGUGCAUGUUUUAGACACUCAAAUCUUUUACCAACAUAAUUUCUAUGAUAAAUACAGUUCAUUAGGGAAAAUAUUAAAAUUGUUUAAUAUUUCACAUAGUUUUCUUCAUAAUGCUGGUAACGAUUCUUAUUACACUCUUAAAGCAUUGAUCUAUAUGAACGAUAUAAAUUUCAGAAGAAACCAACGACUUGAUGACAUUGAAUCUGUGCAAAAGAAUAUUAUACAAUUGAUGGAAAGAGAUAAGACAGAGAAACGUAUCAUUCCGAUGUCAUACAAUGUAUUGAUCAAAGAAGUUCAAGAGGAGAAGAAUACUGUUAGUCAUAAACAUCAACACAAGAAACAAAAUGCUAAGAGACUUAUCCAUCAAACAGAAUUUAAUGGAAUUGUGUGGUUCAACAAGGGUAUAGAUGCAUUUAAGUAUAGCAUUGGUCAACGAUAG